AUGGGAAGAGUCAUCAGAUCCCAGAGAAAGGGAGCCAGCACCAUUUUCAGAUCUCACUUUUCGAAGAGAAUCGCACCAGCUCAAUUCAGAACUCUUGAUUUCGCCGAGAGAGAAGGGUACAUCAAGGGAGUUGUGUAGGAAAUCGUUCACGAUCCAGGCCGUGGAGCUCCUCUUGCCAAAGUUGUUUUCAGAGACCCAUACAAGUACAAGCACAGAACUGAGUAUUUCGUUGCUGUAGAAGGCCUCUAUACUGGCUAGUUCGUAUAUGCAGGUUCUAAAGCUGCUCUCUCCGUUGGCAAUAUCUUACCAGUCAACCAACUCCCAGAAGGAACCAUUGUUUCCAACUGUGAAGCAAAGACCGGAGACAGAGGCUCUUUCGCCAGAGCUUCCGGUACCUCAACCAUCAUCAUCGGUCACAGCGAUGAUGGCAAAAAGACCAGAGUAAGACUUCCAUCAGGAACCAGAAGAACCAUUCCAGGCAACUGCAGAGCUAUGAUUGGAGUCGUUGCUGGUGGUGGCAGAACUGACAAGCCAAUUUGCAAAGCCGGUAACUCAUAUUACAGAUGGAAAGCAAAGAGAAGAGGAACCUGGCCAAGAGUUAGAGGUGUUGCUAUGAACCCCGUAGACCAUCCACAUGGUGGUGGUAACCAACAACAUAUUGGUCACCCCUCAACUGUCAGCAGAUACGCCUCUCACGGUAAGAAGGUUGGUCUCAUCGCCGCCAGAAGAACCGGUCUCAUUAGAGGAGGUAAAAAAGAUCUUAAGGUCCAAAAAGAAUGA